UUGAAAAAUUUCAUCCCAAUAACAAAAGAAACAGGACAUAAUUGAAUAGUCAAGAAUAAAGAAUAUUGCUAAAAAAGAUCUUAUUGCUAUGUUCGCAAGAUAUGAGAAAAGUCAGUUAAGUUUUAUUUUUUGUUAUUAAAGACCUGAUCGUCUAUCUUGCUGUUUUACUCGGCAAGUGUGAAGAAAGUGAGUAACUACACUAUAUUUUGAACAGGCGCAAAAUUAUGUCUAAAUGUCAUUGUUUGAAUAUUGAAACGUCAAAUACGGUGCUUUCGUAAAUUUUUGUUUAUAAAUUUUAUUUCAUUUAGCAUGUAGAACUAGCAUAACAAAAAAUUAGAAAUCAACUUUUAGGUAUUAAUUUAAUAAUUAUAAAAAUAGUGAAAUGGAGAACGUACAAAAAUAUUUUGCAAUAAUCGAAGACUUAAGUAAAAGUGAAGGGCUUAAACAAGAUGAGAAUUGGUUAAAGUCCAAUAUAAAUAUUAUUGAGAAGUAUAUUAAAUUAAAUAAUACACUUUUGGAAACACGAGCUUUAAAAAGUAUUAGUUAUACCCUAGAUGAUUUUUGUUCAGAAGACCCAGCGUGGAGCUAUUCAACACUACUUUUCCAUAUACUUUUGACUAUUAAUCUACAAAUAGAUUUAAAUAGUUCUAAUAAGGACGAACUAAUAUGUUUGUCGCAGCAAAACUUGUUUGCCGAUUUGGUUAUGAAAGCAUCAAAAUAUGGAAUAUGUCCAAAUAUAAUACCAGAAAUGCAAGAACAUCAAUUAUUUAAAAUGGAUUUAAUGCAAACCAAGUUUCAUUUGAAUAGACUUUUGAUUUGUUUAAGAUUUUUAAAAGAAAUUUACAAGGUUAAUUUUUUACUUGGAGGAAGUAAACUUGAUCAGGUAAAAUUAGAGUCAAUGGCAGCCGCUGUGUCAAUUUUGAAUUGUAACUCGUGCCAAAAUGCAGAUUAUGCUAAAGAUUUUUUAAAAUAUCUGUACGAUCAAUCUUGUAAAGUAAAUUAUUUCAAAAAUUUAUUAAUAUUAAAAAGUAUUCCAAAGUUAACAGAAAAUGUUCAUAAAAUUUUGCAUGAGGAUUUACUAGCCAAAUUGCAAAGUCCAAUGGGAUUUAAAGUUCUCUUAGAAGCUAUCAUUCCAACGGCAAAUAUUAAAGCUCCAAAUUGGAAAUGUUUCGAGGUGAUAUCAAAUAUCGUCAGUCAUAAAGGACAUCCUGAAGAAUUUUAUUUUAAUUUAAUAGAUCAAAUAUUUAAUUUUUUGCAAUCAGCUUCUGAAAAUAAACUACAACAUGUUUACUUACCUGCUGGAGUUUUAAGUUUGAGAAAAUUAUACUUACUUAAUAUUAAAACAAAGGAAAACGUUCUGGCAAAAAUUGAUGCUGUUUUUAAGAAACUGUAUGACCCAGAAGAUAUAAUUGCUGGAUUAAUUAUAUUUGAAAAUGGUGAAUUUGAAAACUUAUUGAAAUUUUUAAAUUUUUUGUUUUGUGGAUCAUCAUUUCAAUCAAUGCCAACAGAUAUUCUUAUACCAUAUUUACCAUUACUAAUACAGUGUUACGAUCAAAUUCCAAAUAAUUUUAAACAAGGAAAAUUAAUAAAAAAUUUAGUCGUUCAAUGUUUGAUGAAUCGUGAAAAAAAUGAAUUAAAAACUUUUCUAAAAUCAUUAGUUUUUGAGGAAUUCGAAGAUAAUUAUAAAAGACUCCACCAGAGGAUUAUAAUAAAUAUAGUACCAAAUUCAGAGCUAGUGAAUCUUCAAAUCUGUUCUUCUGAUAUGAAUAACAGAAAUCAAAUUUUUAUUAGUCUGUCCCAAAUUUUAAAAUUAUCUAACAAUAAUAUUUUAAUCUACAAUUCAUUUAUAUCAGCUUUGCGUUUGUUUGAUGAAGAACAUAUUUUUAAAGAAACAAAUGAUUCUUCCACUUUACUAGAAAAUGAAGAAGAACUCAAUAUAUUUGUUGAGAAAAAGUACAGAACUAAAUUUGCUGUCGUAUCUUUCUUGACUGACCUAGUAGAAUUUAAACCGCUACAUUCACAGUUUAAUGAAAAUCCUAUAGAGAUAUUGGAUUUUAUAAAAUCAUCCUUGAGAAAAUCUUUAGAAAGUAAUUAUUUUCCAGAAGAAAAAUUGUCAAUUUUGCUUGCAAUAUUACAAGAAGUAAUUGAAAACAUGGAAGAUUUAUCAAGGUUUCACCAUUUUGUGCCCAUCAUUCAGAGAUUACUAACACACUCUUCCGAUAAUUUAAAGUUUCAAUUGGGACAUAUUUUAAGUAUAUUAGAAGGUACCUCAGCAAAUAACAAUGGAAAACCAAAAUAUUGUGGAAAAUCUGAUUAUGAAAUCGCAAGGAAUUUAAUGGAAGAAAAUCAACCAUACUUAAAAGUAUACGGAAUAACUUUGAUGAUUAAAUUAAUCAAUCAAAAAGAUUUGGAAACUGUAAAUCAUAAACAUAAUAUUUUGGCAAUGGCGAUCAAUGUCAUAAAAGAAGAAGAGUCUUACGUAUUUUUGAAUUGCGUUAAACUCUUUGUAACGCUUAUAAAUGUUUUGGAAGCUGAUGUUUUAAAUGUUCUGUCAGAUGAAUAUUUAAGUGAUAAUAACGAAAAUGAUUAUAGGUUGAAAAUUGGUGAAGCUAUAUUAAAAGUAACAGAAGAUUUAGGCCCUCUUUCGUACAAAUAUAAAAAUGUAUUGAUUAAUUGCUUUUUGGAUGGAUCCAGACAUCCAGUGGAUGAGUUUCGAAUGUCCAGUGUUUCAAAUUUAGCAACAAUAUGCAAAUUACUAACAUAUCAAGUUCACAACUUUUUCCAAGAGCUUUUACAGUUAAUUGAAUCGAUUCUUCAAACAGACAAAUAUCUGCCUGUAAGAAGGGCUUCAAUUUUAGUUUUGGUUCAGUUACUUUCUGGAAUGGAUAAUUUAUCAGAUUUUCAGGAGUAUUUGCUUCCAAUAUAUAGAAUAUUAAAAUUUAUUGCGGCAAAUGAAUCAGAUCCUCCUAUGCAAAUUCAUGCUAAUAAUGGAUUGAAGAUUUUAGCUGAAAAAUGUAAGAAAUUAUUUUUAGCUGAGCAAAGUCUUCAAAAAGAAAUAAAAAUUUUUGGUAUUAAAGAUGAAGCAAAAACUAAAAAAAUUGAUUUUAUAAAAAUAAAUUAAUUAAGAAGAGGGUAUAUGAGGGAAAAAUUUGGAAUAUAAAGAAAACUUCAUUAUCAAAUACACGUUGUUUUAUAUUUAUUUUGUUUUCUUAGGUUUUAUUGCUUAAUUUACAAUUAAACUUAUAGCUAAACAACGUUUACUAAUUUUAUUUUCAUUUUAAUUGCAAUAUUUAAAUAGAGAUUUUGAAUAAAAUCAAUAUUUAGAAUUUUUUACAAUGAAUUUAAAAAAAAAAUAAUAACUUCAUAAAAGUUUUAAUUUUAAAAUAUUCUAAAAAAUAUUUCAAAGG